AACGAACUUGUCUCCCCCCUUCUUCUUCUCCCUGCCGGAUCUUCCCAGAUCGACCGGGGUUCCGGUGCCGGUGGAGCUGGGAAGCAUGGCGAGGACCCUCGACGGCUGCUACUCCGCCAAAGACGUGUCCUACAGUUGUGGAUACUGUGGCUAUGCAUUGAACUUGAGCUCCUCGACAAGGAACACAGCCAACAUUGGAUCAAAGUAUGGAAAGCAGAUCAGGAAAGGUGUUAUUUCUUUCUAUUCGAUUGAUGAGAGCCGGUUCACUCAAACCGAUGAGGUGAGCUGCACGACAUACAUUCCCUCAACAUGUUCCUGGGGUUUCUUCAGAAACAGGACUCGAUUGGUCUGCCGCAAGUGCGGUGGUCAUAUCGGGGACGCUUAUGAGGAUGAGGACUCCACCUUGUGUGAUAGCUUAGAUGACACACAUACGAGCUCCGAUGGCAGCAGCUUGUCUAUUCGGAAGAAAUAUGUUAUCAAGAUUAAUGCACUACAGCCCUCAUCCGACGACUCAGGUGUUCCCUCCACCCUAUGACAACAAUCUUAACUGCUGCGUUGUGGUUCUGCAAAUCUGGUAUAUCCAGCAUUAAGAACAUCAUACUGUUCAGAGCU